GAUUCUUCACCGGCAUCCAGCGAUCGCCGAGGAACAGUGACAGAGGAGAGACCUGUGUGUAAACAACACAGGUCUCCUGCCAGCAACAAAAUGCUGCUUUGUAUUUCUCUGCAUAGCAGAGAAAUACACAGCAGCAUGUUUCCCAAGUAAAACACAUACAGUCCACUUAGUAAAACAGCACACGGUUAACCCUUUGAUCGCCCCAGAUGUUAACCCCUUCCUGCCCAGUUGCCAUUAGUACAGUCAGUACUUUUUUUAUUAGCACUGAUCACUGUAUUGGUGUCACUGGGGAUGUCAGUGACACCAAGUCAGUUCCCCCCAGUGUCAGAAUACCCGACGCAGUCCUGCUGUAAGUCGCUGA